GACGUAUGAUCAGAGUCCUACUAAAAGAAAAUCCAACAGGGAAAACCUGCGGCUUUUGUGAGCGACCUGACGCCUAAGUCCAGAAAGUUUUAAAGUUGACUUGAUCUGUUUGUAAGAGCCCAUCAGCUCAGAAGACAGGAGGCUGCUAUGUCUGCCGAUCAGAAAGAGGCAAUGAAUAUAUAUAGUGUAACGCUCAACGGACCUGCUCCCUGGGGUUUUCGGCUUCAGGGAGGCAAGGACUUCAACAUGCCCCUGACCGUGUCCAGGCUGACCCCAGGUGGUAAGGCGGCCCAUGCCGGAGUGGGUGUUGGGGAUUGGUUGGUGUCCAUCUCUGAUGCCAACGCAGAGGAGAUGACCCAUGUGGAGGCACAGAACAAGAUCAGAGCUGCAAGCGACUCCCUCGCUCUCACUUUGAGCAGAGCUUUUAAUCCUGCUGGAGGAGAGCAGAAGGAUUCACUCGCACCUGCAUCCAGUCAGCCCAAGUACUCAUUCGCACCGAGCACGGCCAUAAACAAGAUGGCACGGCCGUUCUCUGCAGCCCCUGGCAAUGCCAGCAAGGGGCCCGUCAUCAAGCCGGUGUCAUACGCCCCCAAGCUUAACUUCAACUCGCCGCAGACUCACAAUGGUCACGGAGUAACUCCCAGUCCUGCCAAGUCCAAGCCAGCAGACAAACCUGAUGAAGUUGAAGCGCCAGUUGAAGCACCAACGAAAUCUGGUCCAGCCUGCCGGCCGCCAUGGGUGACGGAUCCCGGUUUCGCAGACCGUUACCAUCCAGACAAGACCAGCACAGUGGUCACACAGCACCAAAAGCCGGUCCAACCCACUCCCAUGCAGAACCGCAGCUCUAUCAUGCAGGCAGCACAGCAGAACCCCGCCGACUCCAGCGGCCGCACACCGCUCUGCGCCGCAUGCAACAAGAUCAUUAGGGGACGAUAUGUGGUGGCGCUUGGUCGUUCCUGGCACCCAGAGGAGUUCACGUGCUGUCAGUGUAAAAGGGUACUCGAUGAGGGGGGCUUCUUUGAGGAAAAAGGAUCCAUUUACUGCACCAAGUGCUAUGACAACCGUUACUCACCCAACUGUGUCAAAUGCAAGAAGAAGAUAACUGGGGAAAUCAUGCACGCCCUGAAGAUGACCUACCACGUACAAUGCUUCCUGUGUGCUGCCUGCAAAAUGCCCAUCAGGAACCAGGCCUUCUACAUGGAGGAGGGAGAGCCCUACUGCGAGAGAGACUAUGAAAAGAUGUUUGGUACCAAAUGCCAUGGCUGUGACUUCAAGAUUGAUGCAGGAGACCGUUUCCUUGAGGCACUGGGCUACAGCUGGCAUGACACUUGCUUUGUCUGUGCCAUCUGUCAAAUCAAUCUGGAGGGGAAGACAUUCUAUUCAAAGAAGGACAAGCCACUAUGUAAAAGUCACGCUUUCUCUCCGGUGUGAGACUCCGUCGUUCGUCAAGGAGGGGCCGGACCGGAGACUGGGGGGUCUAUAGCUAUGCCAAACAAGACCAAGUACUUUACUUGAAGCCUGUAACAUAUGGCUGACUGACAGAGUGAUGGAUAUAGUAGCUCCGCUGGCUUUCACCGGCUGUUAUAGCAGCUUCGAUCAGCAUUUACUAAGUAUGUGUCAUUCAGCAAAGCACAGACCUGAAUUUUUGGUAGCUUGCUACAGUAAGCCGACAGACUGGCCUCAGUUUUGCUGUGUUACGAUGCCAGUCAUUCAACUUGAAACAGCUUGUGAACUGUUUCAACCACCGAUGCCAGAUUUCGGAAUGGAUAACAAAGUAUUUGGAUGAAGUAUUUUAGCUGUCCCUCCUCAUCCCACUCCACCUCCAAAACUACACCUGCAGUAUUUGUCAAUCCAAAGAAGACAGCACGCUCUUACACUGCUCACUUUGAUUUCACUUUUCAGACAUUCGUCAGUUUGGCAUCUGAGUGAAUCUAACAAAACAUGUCAACAUUACACCACAUUUUAUAUUGCAUAAAAAAUAUGGCUUAACCAUAUGUAAGAAUAUGAUUUUUUUUUUUCUGACAGCUGAGCACAUUUUCCCUCCAUAUGCAAUUCAAAUAACUCUAAUGCAAAAAUAAAUAAAAGUAUUUCUAUGUCGUAAUAGUAUUUGUUGUACAACUUGUAUGCUGAUUUUAAUGCAGUAAAAUGAUUAUAAAAUAAAUAAAUAAAAAUAUUAUAAAAAUAUAGUAAAAUAUCACCAAAAAAUAAAAAAUAAAACGAUUAGCAUUAAAAUAUUGUCACACACAAAAAUUGUAUUGUAAAAUGUACAAAUUUUUGUGAGAUUUGCUCCUUAUCUGCACUCUGAUGCAUAUUUAUCAUUCAAAAUUCUAUCCAAUCUUGUCACAAAUAAGGACAAAGCAUUCCCCAGUAAUGAGUGAAGCAAUCUAGUUGUAUUCCUAUCCAUACAAUCCUUUUUGUAGGCCAAAGCAUUGAGCAUGUGAUCUACUCAGACAGGAUCUUAAAGUGGCCCCUCAAUCCUCUAGAUGCUGUGCAGCCUACUUUUUUGCUCUGCCUGAUUUGCUGUGCCAGGGUACUUAAGGUAAUGGCAAACCACAGAGGAAUAAAACGCCCCUGGCAGCUACACCGAAAUACAUUAGCACUGAUUGCAUGCCUUUCAUCCUGACCCAAGCAAUGGUCUCUUCAUGGCUUCAAUACUAAAUACGCCACAUUCAUCUGUUCUAAUCAGACAGGUAGUUCUAAUUAAUGAAAGGCCUGUGAUACCAUAAAAAUGCUCUGCGUUAGUGCAAAUGGAUCCUGCAAUAUUAUAUGGCCAAAUUUACUUCGAGCCUGUUCGUGUUGUUCGUAUAUGCUGUGUUAUUUAAAGCUUUGUGGCCUUUUUGGUGGAUUCUGCAAGCUAGUGAGCAAAGUGCAUGUGUGCCAAAGGUUUUGAGCAAUCCUGUUUAUGGAUAUCACUCAUAUAUGCAUAAUCUUAUGGCAUUUCCAAACAUACUGGCUCUUCUUCAGAGACUACAUACAGUACCAGAUGCUUCCCAGAACAUCAUUCCCUUAUCUCCUGCACUCUAAUCGGAAGAAAUGCAACACUCCAAUAUCCUGCUCUUAGAAAGCUAUAUAUAUGAGACAGCAGCUCAAUUUGUUUUUUUUUAUAUUUUUGUAUUGACGACGUGUUACGUAUCAACUAUCAAGUGCCUUUUUUUAAAGCUUCGCAGACUUUAACUAUUGUGUGUGUCACUCAGAACGAUAAACUGCUGUAUUUAUGUGCAUAUUAUAGAGAGAUUUUCUAUGUCGGAUGACGCAAAUCAUUUAGAAAGAAAUUGUGCUAGAGACAUUUAGUCAAUAAAUCACCUGCAGUCA